GUUCGCGCAUGCGCCGCGCAGCCUCGCCCGGAAGUUGUUGACGCAGUUCUGAGCCCUAGUCCCCGAAAAUGAACCCUUUAACUAAGGUGAAGCUGAUCAACGAACUGAAUGACAGAGAGGCCCAGCUUGGGGUGGCGGAUAAGUUGUCCUGGCACUCCGAGUACAAGGAUAGCGCCUGGAUCUUCCUGGGAGGGCUUCCUUAUGAACUAACUGAAGGGGACAUCAUCUGUGUGUUCUCACAUGUCUUACUCUUUUAUAAAAUAAAUAGAUAUGGGGAGAUUGUUAACAUUAAUCUUGUGCGGGACAAGAAGACCGGGAAAUCCAAAGGAUUCUGUUUCCUCUGCUAUGAAGACCAGAGGAGCACAGUUCUGGCCGUUGACAAUUUUAAUGGGAUCAAGAUCAAAGGAAGAACUAUCCGAGUGGAUCAUGUAUCUAACUAUCGAGCUCCUAAGGACCCAGACGUGGAUGAUGUGACCAGAGAGCUCCAGGAGAAGGGCUGUGGGGCCCCUACCCUCCCACUGAGUUUGUCUGAGAGCUCUGAAGAUGACAAAUCCACAAAAAAGCACAAAAAAGACAAAAAGGAAAAAAAGAAGAGAAAAACAGACAAAGAGAAGACUGACCAAGAGGUACAGGUAGAGCAGCCAGCCUCCUCUUCAUCGCCCAGAAGCAAGACAAUAAAGGAAAAGGAUGACGCUGGCCCUAAGAAACACAGCAGCAAGAACUCAGAGAGGGCUCAGAAGUCAGAGUCCAGGGAGAGGUGGAAGCACCAGCCCGGCUCCCCUGAGGUCAGGACUGCCUGCCGUGGGGGAGAAGAAGACCUGGACAGGGAGUCGAAGAAGGAGAAACCCAAGCAUGAGCACAAGUCCUCAAGCAGGAAGGAGGCAAGAGAAGAAAAGAAUAGAGAUCAGGACAGAGGGCGAAGCUUGGACACACACUCUAGCUGGCACAACGGGCGUUCUGAGGGGCGUAGUCAUAGAAGCAGAAGCCAAGAUAAGUCCCACAGGCAUAAAAGGGCCCGGCGCUCCGGGGAGCGGGAGUCCUUGAAUCCUAUUGACCGCAGGCAUCACUGAACCCUGCUCAGCUGCUCGGUAGAUUUAGAAAUGAAUUAUGUUUUUUUAAAUGCAAACAAAUUUGCUUAUGCUGUUUUUAUAUAUAAAAAUCUCUGGGGUCAAAUUCUUUUAAUCUCUUGUGUAGUAGAGUCAUUCAGAGGGCUGUAGCUUCAACAACCAGAUAUUCUGGACUUUUUAGCACAGUUUAUUGUCCCCAGGAAUACACUUGGUACUGACGAGAAUAUAUGUCCUACAUUUUGGUUCAUAAAUAGGGCCCUUGAACCCAUAGAUCCCAACUUAAGAAGAUAUUGCCAGGAAAAAGAAAGUACCAGACAAUUAAAGAAUUCUGAUUUUCGUGCUAGAUGCUAGAACCCAGCAUCACAGGACCUUUCCAGUUGGCAGGUAGAACUAUAGGGUAGAGAAAUGUGGCUUAUUAGGUUUGGACAGCUGGACAUAAAUGUGAUUCCUAAGAUCAGCCAGCUCUGUCCCCAAGCUCCUCUUUAAAAUUUUUUUUUUAAAAAUGUCUUUUCUGUUUUUUUGGUUGAUAUGACUCCACAUUUUUUCCUUGCUAUUUAUUUAUGUAUUUAUGCAUUUAUUUGUAUUGAGGUGAAAUUCACAUAACAAAGUUAAAAAGGGAACAUUCAGUGGUAUUUAGUACAUUCCCAGUGUUGUGCAACCAGCACCUCUAUCUACUUCCAAAACAUUUUCUUCAUCCCAAAAUGAAACUUUGUACCCAUUAAGCAAUAACUCCUCCUUUCUUCCUCCUCCCUGUCCCUGGCAAUCACCAAUUUGUAUUCUGUUCCUGUGGAUUUACUUAUUCUGGGUAUUUCAUACAAGUGAUAUCAUAUAAUAGUGGUCUGGCUUUUUUC